GAUAGCCAACAGAGUUGGAACACCACAUCACCAAAACUAAGCGCUUGUAUCGCCGAAACAGCAUUUACAUGGAUUCCGACCAUCUGUUUCUGUCUUUGUUUGCCGUAUACUAUCGUCGAUACGUUCCGCACUCGACGGCCGGCCAUCGGGUGGAACGCAUACAACAGCGCCCGUAUGGCUACGGCGCUGACCCUAUCGGUGGUGACUGUCGUAGACUUCAUACUAUGUAUGUUAAGGCAGUUCCAGUUCGACGACUCGCCCGCCGUCUCGUACCUGAUCUCGACGGCCAUGUAUUCAAUUACACGACUGCUGUUAUGUCUGGUCCUAUACUGUCACCAGAGAUCAGGCGUUCAUUGCAGUGGAAUCGUGUGGUUCUACCUCUUGUUGGACACAGUGUUCGGCGCCCUAUCGGUGGCCACGUAUUCACUGGACGACAUCAGACAGAGUCACGAAUACGUGUUGUUUAUAAUACAGUAUUCAUUAACAGUAAUACUGUUUAUAAUGAACUCAUUUCCGGACCGAUUGCCGACGUAUGACAAUAACGGUAACGAAAAACACGCCAAUCAUCUAAAAGUGUGCCCCAAAGAGACGGCAUCCUUCCCAUCGAGACUGUCCUUCUGGUGGAUAACUGGGCUCAUAAUGAAGGGUUGGAGGAGUCCACUGACCAGAGAUGACUUGUGGGCCGUACGCCACGAGGACUCCUGUAAGACAGUGUACGGAGAGUUUAACAGGUUAUGGAAAAAGGGAGCCCUCGACGCCGCCGACGAGCCACUGGUGUCUGAGUUGACCGCAAACGGGGCGGACAUUAAGUCUCGGUCUAUGAAUGCCACGAAACCGGAGUCACCGGCAAAGAAACCGACAAAAUUGUUAACAGUGAUUACCAAAGGGUUUUGGUUUUACUUCAUUACACCCAGUAUUUUAAAAUUGAUGGCCGACUGCAUGCAACUCGUCAACCCGGAGAUUAUGAAGAUGUUGAUUGGUUUCACCACUGAUCCAAAUGAGCAAAACUGGCAUGGUUAUAUGUACGCACUGCUGCUUAUACUGACCAACACUUUCCAGAGCCUAAUCAACGGUUAUCAGUCGCAGCGUAUGGCUGUGUUAGGAAUGAGGAUCAGGGCAUGUCUGGUGUCAGCUGUCUAUAGAAAGUCAUUGGUAUUAAGCAAUCACUCAAAGUCUGGCACAACUUCUGGCGAAAUUGUGAACUUAAUGGCAGUCGACUCACAGAGAUUUUCUGAUAUGUUGCCAUUCAUAAGCUUCGUAUACACAGCGCCGGUACAGAUAGGCAUAUCGCUGUGGCUGCUGUAUAACGAGUUAGGCAUAGCCACUAUGGGUGGUCUGGUGCUGAUGAUUGUGAUGGUGCCGGUGAACGGGUGGGUCAGCGCCAAAGUGCGGGCCAUUCAAGCGAAACAAAUGAAACUCAAAGAUGAUAGGGUGCGCUCGUUGAACGAGAUACUCAGCGGCAUUAAAGUGCUCAAGCUGUACGGCUGGGAGGAGGCGUUUGUGGCCAACAUAAUGGACAUCAGGCGCCGUGAGUUGGACCGUAUCCGGCGAAGUGGCAUGCUCAAUUCGGUGAUGAUCGUAUUGGCCUCCUGUACGCCAUUCUUCGUAUCGCUGGUCACAUUCGGGCUCUACAUUGCCAUCGAUGAAAAUGGUAAAUUGGACGCACAAAAAGCGUUUGUCUCCAUAUCGUUGUUUAAUUUGCUGAGAAUGCCGUUGACCAUGGUCCCUAACAUGAUCACCACGCUCGUUUUGACAUUGGUUUCCAUUAAACGUUUGGAUAAGUUCUUGAAUUUCUCAGAACUGACGGGUUAUGUGAGCAGAAAUAAGGAUCAAAAAGAAGUGAUAAAAGUGGAAAACGCGUCGUUUACGUGGGAAAGAGUGGAGGAUGUGGUGGACGGGGGUCUUAAACCCACUCUCGACAAGAUUAAUCUCAAAGUAAUGAAAGGCAAGUUUGUGGCCGUCGUUGGGAGUGUUGGCUCCGGUAAGAGCUCUCUGUUGUCGGCUCUGUUGGGAGAUAUGGAAAUAUGCAGUGGAAGUGUGAAUAUUAAUGGGAACUCAGAGUUAGCUUAUGUACCACAACAGGCGUGGAUACAAAACGCCACUUUGAAAGACAAUAUACUGUUUGGCAAAGAAUUUGAUUCAAAGAAAUACCGAAAGAUCAUCAAAGCGUGUGCUCUGAAGUCGGAUCUGUUGACACUCGCCGGCGGAGACGAGACAGAGAUCGGCGAAAAGGGUAUUAACUUAAGCGGUGGUCAGAAACAAAGGGUUUCCUUAGCCCGAGCUGUCUAUUCAGACGCCGAUCUCUAUCUGUUUGACGACCCGUUGUCUGCAGUGGACAGUCAUGUGGGCAAACAUAUAUUGGAUGAGGUGUUGAGC